AUCAGAGCACAAUAUGUAUAGAGUCAAAAACUCAAUGCCGUCCCGUUAAGAAUUCUGCGAAACCUAUCAAGAAAAUCGCCGCAGGUUUCUACUUUGAUGAUAAAUGGUACUCCAAUGACUGCACCCUUAAGAAUAUCAGUGUCCAGACAGCUUUAACUUCCGAGAUGUUGACCAAUAAGCGUUUCUUUUUUUACGGAGAUUCGACGUUGCGACAAUGGUUCGAAUAUUUCGCCGCAACUACCAACACAUCAAUAACUCCGGCUACGCCUGGCGCAACAACACAAACUGGGCCUUUGUCAGCAAAAUCAGAUAAAUAUAACUUGACAUUCUUUUACCGGCACCACUCAUUUCCAAUACGGACAAAAACAAUGCUUGUUAAGAAUGCUGCGUACGCUGCCAACGAGAUCGACAAUAUAGCCGCAGAUGAAAACACUAUAAUCUGUUUGUGUUUUUUCGCCCAUUUUACACCGACAGGCUUAGAUGUUUACCGGAGUCGUUUGAAAACGGCUAAAGCUUCGCUUUUAAGAUUGUACAAAAGAAGUCCCAAAACUUUAGUUUUCCUCAAAACUCCAAACACUUUAGCUUAUCGUGGCUAUAUAACUGCAGUAAAUAAAGGCGACUGGGUUUCUUUACUGUUGGAUAAAGAAUUACGGGAGGUAAUGGCCGGGCUUCCUAAUCUUACGAUUAUUGAUGUAUGGGACAUGACAACUAACCAUAGAUUGGGCGAAAAUCUCCACCCUCCUCGGCCUAUAAUUCAACAAGAGAUCCAGCUUAUGCUAUCACUUAUUUUCGCUUGAUUAUCCUAAGGAUGUUAUCUUGUUUUCUUGUACCUUUCC